GAUUAUUUCGGGAAUACUAUGUUCGAUGCCCUCGUCCUCCCUACUGCCCCAAUUACGAACUAUUUCAAAGAAACUACUGGCUUUGAACCAACUCAUUUUACCCCUCAAAAUGCCUCCCAUUUCACGCGUGCCCAGGAUAUCGCAGGGAUGCUCCUCAAGGGCAAGAUAAUUGUCGGAUACCAGCUUUGGCUUUCUUUGAGCGCUCUGGGACUCUCCCAUCCGGCCGAUCAGACUCGAGACUGUGGAACCUACUUCCCAUUUCAAACCGCCAUCACCCCAGGUGAGGACGGUUUCAAAUCGUUGAUUAGACACUUCAUGAAGUGGACGAUUCGGGAUGUCCUCACCAACACUGUCGAGGAUGCGCGCGCUGCCAUGGACCUCUUUCGAUCCGUAGAAGUUGAUUGGGAGGCGCUAAUCGCCAGGAUGGUUUGGCCGUGUCUGCUUCCUCCCCCCGAAUAUUUGAAUUGCUAUUCGUAGGGGGAUGUCGGUCAUUUUGUUCAUCACGGCCAUCUAUAGAUUAUCCGACCCUCCAUCGGUGCUAGUCUAAAUGUUCCAUAUAUGUAUAAGCCUUGCUGGAAUCAGCCGACCUCACACUAGGCAGGUGACCAGCCUCUAUCAAGGUAUAUAAUAUGGACGAAGUUAUUG